AUGAGCGGCACGGCGCGGACGGAGAUCCGAAAAGGGCCUCCGGACGAACAGCGGGCCUGCCCUGCCAAAAGGCCUGUGCUGGGCAGGCAAGCCGCACUGCACGCAUCCACAGAAGGGACAGCGGAAGAGGCCAUCCAGACGCCCGUGACGGGCACCGAAAGGCGGCUCAAUAUCGACAGAGGAAUGGCGGCAAAAUCCAAGCCUCGAAGGGGAGCAGGCGAGGCACCUCCAGCUUCUGCCAGCCUGAGAGUGCUGGGGGCCAUCAAGCUUAGGCGAGAGCGGACUAUGCAUCCCAAUUGCAGCGUCAUGGCCCAAUCUCUCCCGAGGGAGGCGCUGAUGGUCGUUCCCCAAGCCGAUCAGAGUCGAGAUGGGACAAGCCAAUAUGGACCGCCCACCAAAGGUCUCGCUGUGUUGUCUUCAACACGGGGAUGUGUCGGCACAAGCCUCGGCAGUCCAUGGCGUUGGGAGUUCUCGGGAAGGACACAAGAGACGAGACAGGAACAACAACUCGACAACAGCAGCAGCAGCAGCAUCCAGACACAGGAUGGGCAGGAUGGCCCAACCAACAACUGUGCGCUGACAGGGCAAGCGGCAGACGAGCGUGGCCAAGGCUCCAGCAACGAAAAUACGACACGAAGGACUGCGAGGGGUGCAGACCGGUCGCCACGCAGCCCAGGCCGGUAG